CACCAGAGGGCGAUAUUUCGAGCAACAAAACAGCAGCAGAGAUCUAAAUAUCGAAUCACUCUGAAGUAAUUUCUGAAUUUCUUUAACCUGAGGCAGGGUAAGCACAACUUCACCAAAAUGACGGAGUACAAGGGAGCAGCAAGUGAGGCAGGCCGCGCACUGCAGCUGAUUAAGAAGAGAGACAAACAGAAGGAAAACAUGGAAAAGUUGAAACAAAAAAUUGAGCAGGAAAAUUUGAGCAAGGUAGCUCCGAUCAGUGCCAAGUUCACCGCCCACUAUGAUGCCGUAGAACAGCAGCUCAAAAGCAGUACCAUAGGCCUGGUGACGCUGGAUGAGAUGAAAGCAAGGAGGGACGUCCUCGUCCAAGAACAUGAAAAGGAACUUGCCAAGGCCAACUCUGCCCUAGAGAAAGUUGAAAAAGAAAAGAAGAAGAAAAAGAAAAACAAAGUCACGAGUACGCUGUCUUUCAACCUCGACGAAGAUGGAGAAGAGGAUGAGGAAGAGGAAGCAGACUCCCAACCAGUCAUCAAGAAGAAGAAGUUGGGCAAGAAUCCCGACGUGGACACCAGCUUCCUGCCGGAUAGAGAAAGAGAGGAAGAGGAAAACAGAGAGAGGGAAAAGCUGAGACAAGAAUGGCAGGAUAAACAGGAAAUGAUCAAAAAUGAUGAUAUUGAAAUAACCUACAGCUACUGGGACGGCUCAGGGCACAGGCGGAGCGUUAAGAUGAAGAAAGGGGACACAAUGCAAAGAUUUCUACAGCGAUGUCUGGAGACGCUCAAGAAAGAUUUCCACGAAUUAAAGGCAGUGACAGUAGAGCAGAUGAUGUACAUCAAGGAGGACCUGAUCAUACCCCAUCAUUACUCAUUCUAUGAUUUCAUUGUCACGAAAGCAAGAGGAAAAAGUGGUCCUCUCUUCAGUUUUGACGUUCACGACGACAUUAGGCUGACAAACGACGCAUCCGUGGAGAAGGACGAGUCCCAUGCAGGUAAAGUGGUGCUGAGGAGCUGGUUUGAACGCAAUAAACACAUCUUCCCUGCCAGCCGCUGGGAACCGUACGAUCCAGAGAAGAAGUGGGACAAAUACACGAUUAAGUGAAUUCAAGUCGGCCAGGAUGAUACCAACUUCAGAUCAGGUUUUUCCAAGAUGGUAGUUGUAAGCCUCAACACCCAGAGACACCAACAUGCGUUUUUACUGUGGACAAUAAACCUGUGUACUGAUGACGUCACAAAUACACCUGUGCUUUUUUAUGGGAGCCUAGUGAGGACGAUUUUGUAGUCCCAUAGAAAAGCACACACGUAAACAUAAGUGUUACGUCGUCAGUACAGAGGCUUAGUUCCUCGCGCUCUGAUAACAUCUACCAGAACAAAGGUCCGGACACAUCUCAGACUGUAGUUUUUCAUUAUAUAGCUUUGCAAUAAUUGCCGCCACUGAACCUAUCAUUGAUCAAUACAGGCAUGGAACUUUUCCUGGGAUCCGCUAAAUUCUUCGUGUUUUACUUGUCAUGAAUGCCAUUACAAAUUGAAAAAUACUGCACAAAGUCUUAUGAUUUGGAGUAUCCUCGUUUUUUUUUUCUAAAUUCCCAGUUCCAUGCCUGUCUGGAAGGCCAAGCAAGGGGGGAAAUGAUUUCUCGCCUGGGCUUUUUGAGAAAAAAAAUGAUGGAGGCUGCCCCCUUUUUCCACCCAAGAUGGAGUAUGUUCCAAGAUGACAGAUGGAUUCUUCCAUUUUCUUGACUCUUGACUCUUUUACCGAUACAAAAAUAUGUCCAAAGGAGCUGUCACCCUUUCUACAUAGAAAGUAAAUUCUAUAAAUUCUACAUUGAGAAAAUGAAAUAUAACAUAACAGGCAAUAAAAUAAAAUUAAAAAACAGGCAAUCCAAAAAAUGGUCUAAAAUCAUUCUUAAUGAUACUUGUAAUGGCAAAUUACAAAGUACCAAGGUAACAGGGACAGGAAAAACGUUUUUCUUUUUACCUUUAAUUUAUAGAAUGACCCAUAUGAUAUAUAACAGUAAGAAUCUAUGCUCUAUUACUUUAUUUCAACAAAGCCUCCGUAAAUGUUUGCUAAAUUAAGGUGGUUUUUUUUUUAAGGGAGAAUACGUUCACAAGAUUUCACAAGAUCUAAAGCCUGCCAUCCCUUGAAGAAAAGUACCUCUCUUAACUCUGUAUGGUCAUUGCUCUGAUGUGUAAGAAAACUAAAAACAUCAAUGAAAAGAUUUUGAGUCGUAGAAGUCUGUAGCACAACGCAGGGCAGACAGAAUACUCUGAGCACAUAUUAUGUGCAAUUAAUUUUUUAACAGUUCACUUGUACAGAAAAGUUGUAUUAAAAUGUACAAAUCGUGUAGCAGCAGAA